AUGACCACCUCUUAUCCUGGAACUCUACACCAUUAUGCACCCCGCUUAACAGCCUUCGAGUUUGGCCAGCCAAACACAGCUCCCAAACCCCAUAGUAUUCUCUUCAUUGGCGGCCUCACAGACGGGCUCUACACCGUGCCGUAUGUCCAAGAGAUUGCAAAGGCUGUAGAGCCCACGGAAUGGUCCCUCUUUCACCUCCUCCUUUCCUCCUCCUACGGUGGUUGGGGAAUAGGUAGUCUUGACCAGGAUGUCGAAGAAAUCGGACAAUGCGUCGACUACGUCCGUAAACUGAAGCAAAGCUUUAGCUCUAGCACCGCUAACAAAGUGGUCAUAAUGGGUCAUUCCACGGGAAGCCAGGACGUUUUGCAUUACCUGCAUUCGCCGAAUCCACUCCCGUUUAACCCGGAUGUUGACAGGGUGCAAGGGCUUCUUAGGCCGGUUGUAGACGGGGCAAUCAUGCAGGCGCCUGUUUCGGAUCGUCAGGCAAUGCUUCCAUCUGUACAGGGUAAUUUGGAGGGACGCGAGGCGUAUGAGAAACUCGUGGAGUUUGCGCGCAGCAAGCCUGCUCGGUCGAUUUGUCCAAUUGAGCUGACCGGGUUGGUUGGGUUGCCUCCAGGUACACCGGUGAAUGCCAGGAGGUUUUGGAGUCUUGCGAGCCCUGAAAGUCCAGAAAAACCAGCAGAAGAUGAUCUGUUUAGUACGGAUCUGACGGAUCAGCGCCUUGACCAGACGUUUGGGCGGGUCGCGGAGAGAAAGCUGCUACAGGGAACGCUGGUGGCGCUGUACUCUGGGAGCGAUGAGUAUGCGCCAGAAGGGGUUGAUAAGGAGGCAUUGCUGGCACGGUGGAAACGCGCCACAAAUGCUGGAGAGAAGAAGUGGGAUGAUGAAGCCAGUGGAGUCAUUCCUGGCGCAAGUCAUAAUGUUCGAGGUGAGGGACAGACGUGGUUGAUUGAGCGCCUCGUCAACUAUCUGAACCGAGUUUGA